CUCUCUCACUCUCUGUCUCUCUCUCUCUCUCUCUCUCAGGUGUUCACAUUACCCAGAGGAUGUACGGCUGUGAGUGGGAUGAUGAGACUGGAGAUGUUAAAGGUUAUUAUCAAGAUGGUUAUGAUGGAGAAGACUUCAUAGUUCUGGACACGAAGACAUGGACGUGGGUCGCUCCACAACAACAGGCUGUCGUCACCAAACAGAAGUUUGAUAAAGACAAAGCUCAGUUAGAGUAUCUUAAGAACUACUUCAACAAGGAGUGUCCUGACUGGCUGAAGAAGUAUGUGAACUAUGGGAGGAGCUCUCUGAUGAGAACAGACCUCCCCACAGUGUCUCUCCUCCAGAAGACUCCCUCCUCUCGGGUCACCUGCCACGCUACAGGUUUCUACCCCAACAGAGCCAUGAUGUUCUGGAGGAAAGAUGGAGAGGAGCUUCACGAGGACGUGGACAAGGGAGAGAUCCUCCCCAACCACGACGGCUCCUUCCAGAUCAGCGCUGACCUUCAACUGCCCUCUGAUGACUGGGGGAAGUACGACUGUGUGUUUCAUCUCUCUGGUGUGAAGGAGGACAUCGUCACCAAACUGGACAAACGAGAGAUCAAGACCAACUACGUGAAUCCCAUGAACACCGUCAUCCCCAUCAUCGCCAUCAUCGCUGCACUCGUUCUUCUCGGCCUCGCUGUCAUUGGAUACAAGAAAUACAGAGGCAGAAAAUCCUCAUGUGAAACGUCUCCUGAAAACAGCUCUGAGCUCGCUGAGAAACUGAAUCCAGAGCCUACAUGAUGAACACACCACCCUGCACCCUGUUUCUUGAAACAUUUUGCUCAGGAACAAUCAGAGUGAAGGUCGUCUGUGUGUGUUACUGGAGUCCACCUCUCUCACACUGCAGUCACCGUAACUCUCUGCAAGAUGAGCCAGAAUAAAAACAGACGAGUGGAGUUUCAUCUCAGUGGUGAACUGUCUUAAAUUUGUACCAAACACAGAUAAUAAUUCAAUCUGGUUCCUUCCACGUCUUUAAAAGGCCUCCCUAUGAUCACACACGUGAAAUAAAAUCAUCAGUUCAAGAUUCAUCUUCCAGUUGUGUAAAUAGUCUGCUUGUACAUUUUGUAUACAUUUUGUUUUUAUUACUAACAAACCAAAGCAAAUAA